GACCUUCUCCAGCCCAUUCGCAUCCACAUCCACAUCCACAUCCGCCACCAUGGCCGGCCCCAGCAAGUCUUUGAUCCUCGACCCGGCCCUCCAGAAAUACUACGACCUCACCGCCAACCGGUACAAGUACUUCCGGUGGACGCCGCGCCAUGCCUGGUUCUCUUUCCUGUACAUGGCUCUGAUCCCGGGGGCGUUGGGCUAUGUGGCUUAUAACACUGAUGGCAAAUACGAUCUGCGCGGAAAGCGGAAGGGAGAUACGAUUGUGGAGUGGUAGAGGGUGAAAUGAUUUGGUGGGAAGAGAUAGAAGGGCAGAAGGAUGGGGGUUGGGUUGUAUCUAUUAUACCGC